GAAACCGCUGAAGAUCCAAGACAAUCGCGAUCGCGGUCUCUGAAUUCUCUCUCUCAAGCGUCUGCCGUCUUCUCGUAAUUUUUUUGUUAUUUUACACGCUCAAAAGACACUUUCAAAAUGGCUGCAGACCACGAAGAUGGUGAUGUUUCGGAGCUUUUAGACUACGAAGAAGAUGAAGCUGAGGCCCCAAAUGCAGGGAAUAUUACAAUUAAAGACGCGAAAAAAGACGUUAAGGGAGCCUAUGUCAGUAUACACAGUUCUGGUUUUAGAGAUUUCCUCUUGAAACCCGAGCUACUUCGUGCCAUUCUCGAUUGUGGUUUUGAGCAUCCUAGCGAAGUCCAACAUGAAUGCAUCCCUCAAGCCAUUCUUGGCAUGGAUAUUGUUUGUCAAGCGAAAAGUGGUAUGGGAAAAACAGCUGUAUUUGUCCUUGCUACUUUGCAACAGAUCGAACCAGUUGAUGGCCAAGUCAGUGUUAUUGUGCUGUGUCAUACGCGUGAGCUGGCCUUUCAAAUCUGCAAAGAAUAUGAAAGGUUCUCCAAAUACAUGAAUAACAUCAAAGUUGGAGUCUUCUUUGGUGGUAUUAACAUCAAGAAAGAUCAGCAGACACUCAAGGCUAACUGUCCUCAUAUUGUCGUUGGUACGCCUGGUCGGAUCCUUGCCUUAGCUCGAGAAAAAUCACUCAACAUGAAACACAUCAAGCAUUUCAUUCUUGACGAAUGUGACAAGAUGCUUGAACAACUUGACAUGCGUCGAGAUGUUCAAGAGAUCUUCCGAACAACACCACACGAGAAGCAAGUGAUGAUGUUCAGUGCCACACUUGCUAAAGAUAUCCGACCAAUCUGCAAGAAGUUUAUGCAAGAUCCAAUGGAAGUAUAUGUUGAUGACGAGACGAAACUGACCCUUCAUGGUCUACAGCAAUACUAUGUGAAACUGCGUGACAAUGAAAAGAAUCGUAAACUGUUCGAUCUUCUGGAUCUUCUCGAAUUUAACCAGGUGAUAAUUUUUGUGAAGAGCUUGGUUAGAUGUAUGGCUUUAGCGCAAUUGUUGGUUGAACAGAACUUUCCUGCAAUUGCCAUUCACAGAGGAAUGCCACAAGAAGAAAGAUUGUCCAGGUACCAACAGUUUAAAGAUUUUCAGAAGCGCAUUUUGGUGGCGACUAAUCUGUUUGGUCGAGGCAUGGAUAUCGAACGUGUAAAUAUCGUUUUCAACUAUGACAUGCCUGAAGACUCCGACACGUACUUACACAGGGUCGCUCGUGCUGGAAGAUUUGGAACCAAGGGUCUUGCAAUUACAUUCGUCUCAGAUGAAACUGAUGCUAAAGUUUUGAACGAUGUUCAGGAUAGAUUUGAAGUGAACAUCGGCGAGUUGCCACAAGAAAUCGAUAUUACAUCCUACUUGGAACAAGCACGAUGAUACAUUUAUCUCGACAACACAUGCACUAUUAGAAGUCAAACCAUUAAAUUUUUAUUCAUUAUAAAUAUAAAGAACUAGUGUUCAGGGCAGAGCUGCGUAUCCUCGCGCAGUAACUUAAUAUCAACACUUUUAGUUUUUAUUCUGGAAGUACUUCCAUUUAGUCUUUGGUGUAAAAAUAAAGACGGUCCGAUACUUCAUGUCUUUAUGUUUGUUUGUGUUCUCUAUUUAUAAGCAAGGCACUUGCGUUAGAAAUUGAUAACUCAAUUUCAUCUGUGUCCAGGCCACCAAAAAUUGGUGCUGGAAUAACCAAUUUCAGCCCUGUCGUGCCAAUAAUAACAAUGUGGUGUUGAUAUAGAGUGAAAUAUGACCCAACUCCGAUCGAAAAAGUGUUUAAACUACCUAAUUUUGAUAUAAAUAUACCCAUCGAUACUUUA